AUGGAGGAAUGGCACAACCAGACACCUGCCCCGACCUACGCUUUGGCAAAACGCCUGAACAAAACCCUAACACCAUAUAACCCCUCCAAAUUUUGCCUUACUUCUUCGACGGAGUUCCCGGAGAAAAUCUUGGAUUCCCAUGGCGACGGUACUAUGGCGUCCUUCGACAUGGAGUCCCUGUUUGCCAACGUCCCUGUCGAUGAAACAAUAGGCAUUAUACUGGAAAAGGUCUACAGGAACCCUGACAUGCAACCUCUGAACAUCCCGGAAGAAUCCCCUAAGACACUCCUAGAUAUAUGUACGAAGAGAACCCCCUUCACCACCCACAGAGGACAGAUGUUCCGUCAGAAAGACGGCAUGGCAAUGGGAUCCCCCUUGGGCGUCCUCUUUGCCAACUUUUAUAUGGGUACCGUUGAAGAGCGGGUUUUUUCGCAGCACCGAUGUCCCCGGAUGUAUGCUAGAUACAUUGAUGACAUAUUUAUUCAAGCUGACUCCAAGGAAGAGGUUGAAGCCCUUCGCCAGCGGUUCCUGCUCAACAGCGCACUUGAUUUCACAAUUGAGUUCAGCAGCGAAGAUCGGCUCCCCUUCCUUGACGUCCUAAUUACGAAGACUACCCUGAAGAUGACCACCACCGUCUACACCAAAUCUACCAACUUGGGACUUUGCCUAAACCGAUAG